CAAUUUGCUGUCACUUUGUGUGGAAUUUAAUGCACAAAGACCAACAGGAAUCUUCCAACGUCUUCAUAGAUUACACUUGUUAUGAUGUGAUGCCUUAUUUGAUUUAAUCCAACUUUAUCGAGACUAGUGGACACGAGAGAUCAAGUGCUAGAGAAAAUAGAGACGUGAAAAUUAGCACAAGCUAUUGGGAAGAAAAAAUGCAGUUCUUCAGGAGACUCACAAGGAAGAAAGUAGUUUCCUCUGCCACUGCAGAAAGGAAGAAGAAAGAGCAGGAUUAUUAUUUAAAGAAUGGAAGUGCAGUGCUAGAGGAGCUUCUUGCUUUAUGCGAAGGAAAUUGCAGAAUUCCCAUCCGGUACUUCAGUGUCACCGAGAUAGAAAGGGCAAUAAAGCACUCUGAAAACAAAUUGGAGCUCUCCGAUGGGUAUAUGGUUACGGGAUCAUUGGACAAACGCCUUGUAUUAGUUAGGUUCAACACACAUUGCUUCAAUAUUAUCCACCGAGACAUAGCAGUUACUGCUCAGAUGAGCCAUCUCAAGAAUGUGCUCAGACUUGUCGGUUGCUGUCUAGAGUUUGAAUCACCAGUUAUGGUGUAUGAAUAUGUUGAAGGUAUAUCUCUUAGAGAUCUACUUUUCGAAAAAGGUAAUCAUGAUGAUCAAACUAGAAGAUCAUUAUUAUCUUGGGGAAAUAGAUUACGGAUUGCCAAUCAGGUUGCUUCUGCGGUCGUUUUUCUCCAUACAGAAUUUACUACGCCCAUCAUCCACAGAGAUAUAAAGCCUCACAAAGUGAUAAUAGAUCAGAAUAGCGGUGUUGCCAAAAUGGUGGACUUCUCAUUUUCCAUAUCAUUGCCUCCUGGGAAAAUGGAGGUACAAGCUGGAUUUCCAGGAACAACCGGUUAUAUAGCUCCUGAAUAUGGCCGUCAUGAUAUUGUUACUCAAAAAAUUGACGUCUAUAGCUUCGGGGUUCUUCUCUUUGAGCUAUUAACUGGAGAAAGUGUGCCCGAUAUCAUGGAUAGAAUGGCAAUUCCAAAAGGGUUGAUAUAUCUUGAAAAUCUUUCACCCAACAUCGUCGAUCGCUAUUUUAAAGAGGGUAAUGUAAUAUAUAUAGCGGAUCCCGCCAUUUUAGAAGAGCGUGGAAUUGAGAUUCAACAACAAUUGGAAGACUACUUGGAUCUUGUUAAGAAAUGCACAGCUUACAAGGGAGAAAAUAGACCAUACAUGAUUCAUGUUGCAAAGGAAUUACGCCGAAUUGAGAACUGCUUCCGUGCCCUCACUAUUGGUCAUAUUUAUGUUCGACACAAUAAAUGAGAUCUGCAGACAAUGAAUUAAAAAUAGUUUUCUCAA